UUAAAAUGUCUAAGCUUCUUUCUCCUAGUUAUAACUUCAUUAUUUUCUUCAUUAUUAGUCGUUUAAUGUCUAUUAUAGGAAAGUUAAAGCCAUGGAAUAAUCCUUCUAUUCCUUAUGAAAUUCUUUCCCUUGAUAUAGCUUCUAAACUUAGUACAAAUUCAGAUUCCAUUAGUGAAACUUCCACGGAUUUUGGGAAAAUUGUUCAAGAAAUCCCAGCUGCUGUUCUUUAUCCUUCUUCUAUUAAUGAUAUAGUUGAGUUAAUUAAAUUUUCCUAUGGUCUUUCUACCCCUUUUCAUAUAGCAGCAAGAGGUCAUGGCCAUUCCAUUAGGGGACAAGCCAUGGCACAAAAUGGUGUUGUUGUGGAAAUGAAUUCUUUGAAUAAUAAUAACAACAACAACAAUAAUAAUAAAAAUGAAAGUUAUAGAAUUAGGGUUUCUUGGGAUUCUUCUUUAGGGUUUUACGCUGAUGUAGGAGGCGAACAGUUAUGGAUUGAUGUUCUUCGUGCUACCCUCGAGCAUGGGCUUUCGCCUGUCUCGUGGACUGAUUACUUGUACCUCACUGUUGGUGGUACUCUCUCUAAUGCAGGAAUUAGUGGCCAAACUUUCCGACAUGGUCCUCAAAUUAGUAAUGUUUAUGAAAUGGACGUUAUUACAGGUAAAGGGGAAUUUGUGACUUGCUCCAAAUACAAGAAUUCAGAACUGUUCUUUGCAGUUUUAGGAGGUUUGGGACAGUUUGGAAUAAUAACCAGGGCAAGAAUUGUCUUAGACAAAGCACCAACAAGAGUGAAAUGGGUGAGAAUGCUAUAUGCAGAUUUCUCAAAAUUCACAAAAGACCAAGAACAUUUGAUUUCAGUUGAUGGCCUGGAUUAUGUUGAAGGAUCUCUAAUGAUGGAACAAAGCUCUCUAAAUAAUUGGAGAUCUUCAUUUUUCUCACCUUCUAAUCAGAUCAAAAUAGCUUCCUUAUUAUCCCAAAAUGGCAUUAUUUAUUGCCUAGAAAUGGUCAAGUACUAUGAUGAUCAGACUGCUAAUACUAUUGAUGAGGAAUUAAAAAGGUUGGUAAAAGGAUUGAACUUUUUGCCUGGAUUUAUCUUCAAGAAAGAUGUCACAUUUGUGGAUUUUUUGAAUAGAGUAAGAAGAGGAGAGUUAGAGCUACAAUCAAAAGGACAAUGGGAUGUUCCACAUCCAUGGCUCAAUCUCUUUGUACCAAAAUCAAGUAUCAUGGAUUUCAAUGCUAGUGUUUUUGUGGACAUUAUUCUCAGACAAAACAAGACAACAGGACCUAUCCUUGUCUACCCAACAAGCAGAAAAAAAUGGGAUGAGAGGAUGUCAGCAGUGAUACCAGAAGAGGAGACAUUUUACUGUGUGGGGCUAUUGCAUUCAAGUGGAUUCAAUGACUGGAAAAUAUUGGAUGAACAAAAUGAAGAAAUCUUGAAUUACUGUGAUAAAGCUGGCCUCAAGAUAAAGCAGUAUCUUCCACAUUAUAAAACAAAAGAGGAUUGGAUAAAACAUUUUGGCAAAAAGUGGAAUAUUUUUCAACAAAGAAAAAGUCAAUUUGAUCCAAAAAUGAUUCUAUCACCAGGACAAAGAAUUUUUAAUUAAUUUUUUUUUUUUUAGUGGUAGGAUAGACAUGGGCAUGUACUUAGUGUGUUGAGUUAGAAAGAUUUUAAUAUAAUCAAGUUCUUGAUUGUUUAA